CUGCUGAGAUCCGACUCUGUGCGCUCAGGGCGGCCGAUGCCCCCAGCGCUCCCCGUUCGGCUGCCGCAACCCGGCCGCAUCUGGAUUGGGCGCCGCACGACUGGGCCGACGCCGGGUGAGAACAGGAACCCUGGAUGUCAGGGGAGUGGACCACCCUGUUUUGGCUGGAAUGGCCUCUGAGUGCAAGUCUCACACCCAUUGUGCAGACGGGGAGACUGAGGCCUGAAGUGGGAAAGGGGCUUGCUCCAGGCCACUUUGACAGUGGCCACAAUGCUGCUCGGGGCCUCUCUAGUGGGGGUGCUGCUGUUCUCCAAGCUGGUGCUGAAGCUGCCCUGGACUCAGGUGGGGUUCUCCCUGCUGCUCCUGUACUUAGGCUCUGGUGGCUGGCGCUUCAUCCGGAUCUUCAUCAAGACCGUCAGACGUGAUGUCUUUGGCGGCCUGGUGCUCCUGAAGGUAAAGGCCAAGGUGCGGCGAUACCUCCGGGAGCAGCGGACGGUGCCUAUCCUGUUUGCCUCCGUGGUGCAGCGCCACCCCAAUAAGACGGCCCUGAUCUUCGAGGGCACAGACACCCAUUGGACCUUCCGCCAGCUGGAUGACUAUUCAAGUAGCGUGGCCAACUUCCUGCAGGCCCGGGGUCUGGCCUCGGGUGAUGUGGCCGCCCUCUUCAUGGAGAACCGCAAUGAGUUCGUGGGCCUGUGGCUGGGCAUGGCCAAGCUGGGCGUGGAGGCAGCGCUUAUCAAUACCAACCUCCGACGGGAUGCACUGCGCCAUUGUAUCACCACCUCCCAGGCUCGGGCCCUCAUCUUCGGCAGUGAGAUGGCCCCAGCCAUCUUUGAGAUCUGUGCCAGCCUGGACCCCUCGCUCAGCCUCUUCUGCUCUGGCUCUUGGGAGCCCAGCACGGUACCCUCUGGAACAGAGCACCUGGACCCUCUUCUGGAAGAUGCUCCCAAGCACCUGCCCAGUCGCCCUGACAAGGGCUUCACAGAUAAGCUCUUCUACAUCUAUACAUCAGGCACCACAGGGCUGCCCAAAGCCGCCAUCGUGGUGAACAGCAGGUAUUACCGCAUGGCCGCCCUGGUGUACUAUGGCUUCCGCAUGCAACCUGAUGACAUUGUGUAUGACUGCCUCCCCCUCUACCACUCAGCAGGAAACAUUGUGGGGAUCGGGCAGUGCCUGAUCCACGGCAUGACAGUGGUGAUCCGGAAGAAGUUCUCAGCCUCCCGGUUCUGGGACGACUGUAUCAAGUACAACUGCACGAUUGUGCAGUACAUCGGCGAGCUAUGCCGCUACCUCCUGAACCAGCCGCCCCGGGAGGCAGAGAGGCAGCACCGGGUGCGCAUGGCUCUAGGCAACGGCCUUCGGCAGUCCAUCUGGACCAGCUUCGCCAGCCGCUUCCACAUCGCCCAGGUGGCCGAGUUCUAUGGGGCCACUGAGUGCAACUGCAGCCUUGGCAACUUCGACAGCCAGGUGGGGGCCUGUGGCUUCAACAGCCGCAUCCUGUCCUUCGUGUACCCCAUCCGGCUGGUACGUGUCAAUGAGGACACCAUGGAGCUGAUCCGGGGGCCCGAUGGCAUCUGCAUUCCCUGCCAGCCAGGUGAGCCGGGCCAGCUGGUGGGCCGCAUCAUCCAGCAAGACCCCCUGCGCCGCUUUGACGGCUACCUCAACCAGGGCGCCAGCAGCAAGAAGAUCGCCGAGGAUGUCUUCAAGAAGGGGGACCAGGCUUACCUCACUGGUGAUGUGCUGGUGAUGGACGAGCUAGGCUACCUGUACUUCCGGGACCGCACAGGGGACACGUUCCGCUGGAAAGGUGAGAACGUGUCCACCACCGAGGUGGAGGGCACGCUCAGCCGCCUGCUGGACAUGGCCGACGUGGCAGUGUACGGCGUCGAGGUGCCAGGCACGGAAGGCAGGGCCGGAAUGGCUGCUGUGGCCAGCCCUGCUGACAGUUGUGACCUGGAGCGCUUUGCACGGGUCUUGGAGAAGGAGCUGCCCCUGUAUGCCCGCCCCAUCUUCCUGCGCUUCCUACCUGAGCUGCACAAAACAGGGACCUACAAGUUCCAGAAGACAGAGCUGAGGAAGGAAGGCUUUGACCCGACUCUUGUGAAAGACCCGCUGUUUUACCUGAAUACCCGGAAGGGGGGCUACGUCCCUCUGGACCAAGAGACCUAUACUCGCAUCCAGACAGGCCAGGAAAAGCUGUGAUUUGCCACCCAGCCCCUCUGAGGGCCAGCAGGUGCUGGGUCCAGAGCCUCAGCUUCCACCCCAGAGGGGUCCUGGGUGAUACCAGACCAAAGCAAGCAGGGCCUGGCACCUCCACCCUGAGGUGCGGACUCCUCCCUCCAAAACUGCCAAGUGACUCACUGCCUGCUCCCGGCCCCCCAGGGGUUUUCUGUGAAAGCCCCAUGUCCAAGUAAUGUGUUCUGGGCCAGGCAGGACCUUUGAGCCCCUGGUGGAGACUGACGGGGGUUGGGGGCUCCCUCAGGAUGAUGUCUUGGGUCAGGGCAGGGAGAGGUAGCAGGGUUCCCAAGACCUUUCCUGAGAACAGGGAGGAGCUUGGAACUGGGACCAGGGCAGAAGACUCCAGACUCAGGAAGCCAACAGAAUGGGCAGGGGCAGAGUGGCCGUGGAUCAGGUGGCUGAAAAGGAUCAUGACUCCAGAGCUGCCCAAGUGUCAACCCUGGGCACCAACAGGACGGGACCCGGCAUGGCCUCCAGUGCCCCACCGGGACCAGGUCACACAGAGUACCUCGUCUCUUCCCACUCACGCUCCUCUCCCUGAGUGGUUGCCAGGCAGGGCCUUUCUGUCUUCGUGGGUCUGUCUGUGUCACCUUCCCCAUCUCAGUCCUGACCUGCCUGUGAGGAGGCAUGGGGUAGGGAGGGCUCAGGGGCCAAUAAACUCUGCCUGACUCAUUGCCUGUGUA